UUACACAGGACUACUGCUUACCAACACAGAGGAUAGUAGCAAGAAAAUACGCUAUAUAAACCUAAUCGAAUCGGCCUACAAAAGGAUUAACAAAGACAGGAUCGGUUUGUUUUGAUUUAUAAAAGUGAAUCACUUCGGAAACUGACUACAAAUCUCUGCGUCGGGGCUUCUUAUUUGAAAGAAAAGAUGUUGAAAGUUUACCUCAUGCUGGUUUUGUCUCUGGCUGCUGCUGUUUUCGCUGAAUCGGUACGAGAAACUGAAACAUGGAUACCUCUGAAAAACAAGUCGCCCGAUGAUGAUCUGGAGUCUUCCGGCGACUUUCCUAAUGAAGAUUUUGAGAUUACUACUGUAAACCCAACUGACGAUGAGGACGAUGAUGAUUAUGAUGAUGAAGAAGUUUAUGAUAAUUAUGAUGGCUCAGGCUCUGGGUUUGUAGAAGGACCCAUAGACAGCGAGACUUUCUUCAAUAGUAACCAGAUCCCUGAAUUGAAGGAUUCAUUCAAACCAAAGCCAGCUGUCGAUAAUAAAGUUUUGAUUGAAAGCAAUGAGGUGGGCUUUCCUGAAGACAGCAGAGUGCACAUGACCCAUGCUGGAGAUGACAGCUUGUUCAACAACACAGAGAUGCUUGCAGCUGUUAUUGCAGGUGCAGCGGUUGGUCUGGUCUUCGCCAUCCUCCUCAUCGUCCUGCUGGUUCACUUCGUUCUCCGCAUCAAGAAGAAAGACGAAGGAAGUUACGACCUGGGCAGGACGCCCAUCUACAAGAAAGCUCCUACCACAGAAUUCUAUGCAUGAGCAUCCACACCCUCACAUACUUUCUCUCCCUCUCUUUUGAACUAUAAGCUCACACAGUGCCUCGGCCUGAUGGGCCGCCGCCAACCUCACACACCACGAAAACCACAGAAGGACCUCACACAAAUAAUUAACUCUUGCCUGGACAAUUGCAUCGAAAUCUUAAAGCGAGGGCAUAGCGUCUGUUGCCAAACCGCUCAAAUACAUUUUUUUUUUUCUUGUCGUCUUGUUCUCUCACACAUAUUGCCUUUUCACCAUGUGGCCCAUUGUGUCCAUUAUAUUUUUUUAAAUAAAACACUACACGGUGCAAUGGAGCCGUUCACAGGUUAAAGGCUUUGGAUUGACCAUUGAACCAGCCGUUAUGACAAACAGUCAGUGUCACGAUCGGUGCUACAGAAGGGAUGGUUACGUUAUCAGAUGUCUUUUUUAUUUUUAAAUCUGUGUGCUGUAAAACUUUUUAUCUCCUUAAUAAAACAUCAGAAGUGGAACCAAAUUAAGGGCAUGCAGUAUAUGUUUGAAGCUAAAUUCUGUGAGAGCAAACCUGAAAUCGGUGUGCUAUAGUAAUGUAUACUCAUUUCAACCAUGUUAUGGUACAUUCCUCAUAUCUGUAUGUCAUUGCUGUGUUGGUUCUGUGCGACGAGAGACUCGAUCCACUAUAGUGCUGCUUGACUGUCUGCUAAGCUCCUUUAACAGGUACAGAUGUUGAUUGAGAAUCAGCUCACUUUAAACAGGCUUGUACAUCCAGGGAUCUGUAUAUAGCCAUUUGAAUAAAAUGUAAAACAUUGAUACUUAGCAAUUUCUUGAUAGCCUUUUAUUUACCAAAUAUUUAUAUGCCAAAAUAAUUUCUUUUGUUCUUGCAUCUCAUCCUAGUAUACACUUUUGGCAUAAAACCUGUUCGUGAAACACUUUGCAUCUGUAUCUUUCAGAACCCUUUUAUGUAAAAUGUUUCAUUUGAGAACCAUGACCAAUGCUAGUACUAACUUUUUUUUUUUUUUCAGUGUUUUUGUAGAAAUUCCUUUUUUAUUUUUAUUUUUUGUAUUAAUUUAACUUUUAUAUUUUAUUGCCUGCCUUCAGGUCGGGAGUUUUACUCCACUUUCUCAGCUGUUGUACAUAUGAUAAUUUUAUUUAAAUUUUUUUUAGUUUUUAGAUUUGUUUUAUAUACAGUAGUGCAAAAAAAAAAAACAA